AUGCCGUACGUACCACCUCAUUUACGCAACUCGGCGGGCGGAUCGGGGGGAGGUUCCGCUCCCCCGUCAUCCUCCCUAGGAACCCGAUCCGAUCCUCCAGGCCGGUACGGUGAUCGGAACGACUAUGGCAGCUUCGGUUCUAGAAGCUACGGCUCUCGAGAUAGAGACGAUCGGAGGGAUAGGGAUGACAGAGGCAGCAGGGACGGUGGCAGCAGCAGCUUCAGCAGCAGCCGUCGGCCGGUAGAGACCCGGGGAAGCGGCCCUCCAGAGCCCGUUUGCCCGGCAUGGAAGCCGUCGGACCGUGUGAUCCGCUUGCAAGAAGAUCAGAUCGCCGAGGUCCGCGCGCGGCUGAACGUGACGGUGGAAGUCACGCCUGGCACGGGCGUUGCUCCCGCUCCGGUCGAGUCGUUUGACGACAUGGGCCUGCACCCGAACAUCUCGAAGGACAUUGUCUACCACAGCUACACCAACCCCACGCCCAUCCAGGCGCAGGCCAUGCCCAUCGCGCUCUCCAACCGCGACCUCCUCGGCUGCGCUGAAACCGGCAGUGGCAAAACCGCCGCCUUCGCCAUCCCCAUGAUUCAACACUGUCUGCAUCAAGCCCCUCUGCGGCCGGGCGAUGGGCCUCUGGCGCUCGUGCUGGCGCCCACUCGCGAGCUGGCGCAGCAGAUUGAGAAGGAGGUUAAAGCUUUCAGCCUGUCGUCGGAGGGGUUUAAGACGGCGAUCAUAGUGGGCGGCACGCACAUGAGUGAACAGCGGUCGGUGCUGCGAGGGGGUGUGCAGGUGGUGGUGGCAACUCCAGGGCGAUUCAUAGACCAUCUGCAGCAGGGCAACACUUCACUCUCCCGUGUCUCCUUUGUCGUGCUGGACGAGGCUGACAGGAUUCUGGACAUGGGAUUUGAACCACAGAUGAAGGAGAUCAUGGCAAACCUGCCGCGGCAGCACCAGACGCUGCUGUUUUCUGCAACAAUGCCGGAGGAGAUAGAGGCGCUGGCUCAGGAGUAUCUUAAGAACCCCGUGCGCGUUAAGGUGGGGCGCGUCAGCAGCCCCACUCAGAACGUGACCCAGUCGCUGGAGAAGGUUGCAGAUAAGGACAAGGUGGAUCGGCUGCUACAGCUGCUGGUGGAGGAGAUGGCGGCUGCAGAGAGCGGGCAGCAGCCACUGCCACUCACUAUCGUGUUUGUGGAGCGCAAGGUGAAGUGUGACGAGGUGUGCGAUGCCCUGACAGCGCAAGGCCUCAAGGCAGCAGCACUGCAUGGUGGGCGCAGCCAGGGAGAGAGAGAGGCGGCUUUGCUGGACUUCCGCAAAAACACCAUCAACAUUCUCGUGGCAACGGAUGUGGCAUCAAGAGGGCUGGACGUGUCGGGAGUGGCUCUGGUCGUCAACAUGGAUUUACCCAAGGCUCUAGAGGACUAUGUGCACCGCAUCGGGCGAACAGGGCGAGCAGGAGCGUCUGGGCGAGCUGUGUCCUUUUACACUGAUAGAGAUGCGUUUCUGGUGGCUCAGAUCAAGAAAGCACUAUCAGAGGCGGAGGCAGGCAACACCAUGGCGUUUGCGACUGGCAAGGCUGCAAGGAGGAAGGAGAAAGAGGAGGCAGCAGCAUUCCGGGAAAAUCGGGCAGCAACAGCGGCAAAUGUGACGAUGAUAGGGGCGACAGCAGUAAAGAUAGUGGAUCAGAAGUACAAGCACAUGAUUGUGGCUCAAGCAGGACCAGAUAAGAUGGCGCACAGGCGGCACGGCUGCGAGGUUUUGCUCCAGACCUCGUGGUGUCUACUCCUAUUGCUGGCGGCGUUCGCGGCGGUUGUGUGUAACCAUUCUGCCUCCGCGGAUUACGCGACUUCCCUUCCCGAGUCGCUUUCCGCCUACUCCAAUGUGGCGUUGCUGGAUCCGCGCUUCGAGCUCUAUUGGACCGUCAACGGCAGCGACGCGACCAUUCACAUGGCAUUGAAUGCAAAAACUACUGGAUGGUUCGCUAUAGGCAUCUCCGAGAUCGGUUCCAUGGUGGGCUCAGAUGCCCUCGUCGCAUGGGUCGCACAAUCCGAAGCCCGCGUGUAUGCAACGGAUCGCUUCAUCUUCAACAAGACGACCCAAGGAAUUGCACUCGACGACAAGCAGGACUGGCACGUGCUGGGCGGCAGUCAGACCACCAACCAAUCCACGGGCGACACGUGGAGCACCGUGCACGUGUGGCGCAAGCUGGACACCGGCGACUGCAACGACCGACCCAUAGUUUCCGGGAAGCUUCACAACGUCAUCUGGGCGAUGGGCGCCACGGGUGACGUCAGCUAUCACAGCUCCGACCGCGGCAUGUCCGCCCUCGUGCUCGCUCCUGCCCCCGGCCCCUCCAUUAUCGCGCCCACGCCUCCCCCUUCCGCAUCCGCCUCCGCGUCCUCUGCGUCUGAUUCGCUCCGAGCAUUUGGGCGGCUGGCUGCGCAACCGCAGGCAGGGAAGCUGCAGAAGCAGCAGCCUCUGCAACUUGAAGAGAGCAUGCUGAAUUUCACGUUCACGAAUUACCGGGUGCCAACAAACCACACGACCUAUCGCUGCAAGGUGGUGGACAUUGCUCUCAAGACCAAGACGCAUGCGGUUGAGUGGGGUAUCGUGCUCAACUCUACUGACAUCUCAGCUGUCCAUCACGCAAUCAUCUACGGCUGCAAACCCAAGGAGUACGGCAAUCUCAAGGGAGCAGGGGCGGACUUUGACUGUCUGCACGACAACCCAUGUGGCACCACUGUCGCCAUGUGGGCUGUGGGCGGCAGACCCUUCACUUACCCGCCCAAUGUGGGCUACCCCAUCGGCCCCGGAUACUUCACCAAGUUCGUCUUGCAGGUGCAUUUCACCAAUCCCAAUGGCCGCGCUGAUCUCAUCGACAACUCCGGCCUGUACCUGAAGCUCGCCCCAUCGCUCCGCCCCAUGGAUGCGUCCAUCAUGCUCACGGGCCCUGUGGCUUAUGAGUAUCUCAUCCGCAUUCCCCCUGACAUGCCCUCAUGGACGCAAGUCAGCACGUGCCCGGGCGAGUGCACUGCUGCCGUGUUCCAGAAUGAGAGCGUGAAGAUCAUUGGGUCUAUCCUGCACCUGCACACGUUGGGGCGACAGAUGUACACGGAUGUGUUCAGGCGGGGCAGCAAGGUCGCAACCAUCAACCGCCAGGACUACUACGACUUUGCAUCGCAGCAGACCAUUCCCACCACGCCUGAGUUUGAGCUGCUGCCAGGAGAUGAGCUGCGCACCUCCUGUGUUUGGGACUCCACUGCUCGCACCAACGUGACGGUGGGAGGGCCAUCAACGGAGGACGAGAUGUGCAUAGACUAUCUCAUCUACUACCCCGCACGCCAGGGCCAAGAAAUGGAUAUGUGUUACGACAUGUGUGCAUCAUACGAGAACAACACUCUCAGCAUGGACCCCGACAGCCCCACGCUCUCCAAGUUCUACGCGUGUGGGCCCAACUUCAUCCCCACCUACCAGCCCUGCAAGAUCACCUUUGGUGCCAACACGCCAAUGGAAGUCAUGAAUGGCUGCCCUGCUGAGGCCCACGCAUCACUGGCAGACAUUCCCUCGGAUACCAUAUCUGCAUUGCUCUCCUCCGAUGCGCCACCUGCACCUGCUGCUGCCCUCCCUCCUCUUAGUGCUACUGCUUCACCCCCUACAGCCCCUGGCAAGGCAGCACAGGCUUUGUCACUCCACAGUGUCAGUGCCAGUGCUGGGAUGGCUGUAGGCCUGGGCGCGGCUCUCUUCCUCACCUACAAGCUCUCCACGCAGGCAGGCACUCGUCCCUCCUCCAAGCCCAAACUCCUCUUCGCCAACCCUUGCCCCUCGUCGUCGUCCUCCUCCGCCGCCACCACUGCCACUGCCGCCUCUCUCGCCCUCGACCCGGCUCUCUCAGCUCAAAUUGGCUCCUCUCUCACCACCAGUCCCCUCAACGCCACUGCCGGCGCCGGCGCUGGAGCCUCAGCCAGCCUUCUCAACACCUCCGCUGGAGUUGGCGCUACUGUCGGGGCAUCUCUCCCCAAUGGAACGGUGGAUGCAGCAGGGGGUGUCUCGGCUUCUACUGGCCUUCUCAAAACGUCAGCUGGCAUUGGCGCGACCGUCGGCGCGUCUCUUCCCAAUGGAACGGUGGAUGCAGCAGGGGGUGUCACGGCUUCUACUGGCCUCAUGGGCACAUCCGCGGGUGUUGGCGCUACCGCGGGGGCGUCUCUUCCCAAGGGAACAGUGAACACAGCAGGAGGCGUCUCGGCCUCCACCGCUCUGCUCAACACAUCUGCAGGGGUGGGCGCUGGUGCAGCUGUCUCCCUCCCCAACGGCUCUGUCGCUGCAGCAGGUGAUCUCUCUGCUUCCACUGGUCUCCUCAACACAUCCGCUGGUGUUGGAACCACCAUUGGGGUUUCCCUUCCCAACGGCACUGUCGCUGCAACCGGCGGUGUUUCUGCCUCCUCCGCUCUCCUCAACACGUCAGCCGGCGUGGGAGCAGGAGUGGGCGUGUCUCUCCCCAAUGCCUCUCUCUCUGGCUCUGCCUCCCUCGGUGCCUCCUCCCCUCUCCUCAACACCUCAGCCGGCGCCGGUGCUGCCGUCAACGCAGGCUCGGGAGGCGUCAACGCCAACCUCGGAGCCUCGGCAAACCUCGGAGGCUCAAUCUCUGGCAUGAUCUCAGGCAUGGGCGGAGCCAUGGGGAACCUCGUAGGCGCGGCAGGGAACAUGGCAGGCUCGGUGGUAGGCUCGGUAGGCAACAUGGGAGCCUCGGUGGCAGUGUCUCUCUCCCCACGUGUGAUGCUGAACGGUGCAUGGAUGGCUACCAGUGGUGGCGCCUACGCCAUGGUCGGGCAGACUCGAGUGUCGGCAGCACUGGCAACUGCCAUGAUGACCCACGUCUCCACCAACAUGCCGCUCUUUCUCACCGUGCAUGCCGGGGCUCAGGGCACCCUCGUGGCCAGGAUGAAGUAG